GGCUUAUGGGCAUGCUUGAUGCACAUAGCUCUCGCUCUAUAGACAAGCAGACAAGCAGUAGAUCGACGGGAUCAUUCUUCAGUGAACUAUUCUCCUAACUUCCAUCGUCUGUCUCCCACCAGUAAGCAAGCCUACCAAAUAACGAGCACCGAAGCAGGCACGCCGCCACGCGCAAAGCAAGUAAGUACGAAGACGGCAUGACGUGGCACCACAAGCAGGAAGCCGGUAGGAGUAAGGGAGUGGCAGUGGUGAAGGAGGAAAAGGAGGCGUCUUUUGGUCAGGGGUAGGGGGGUCCGGUCAGCAGUCAGUCAAUCCGUCGAGUAUCCGUCUGAGGGGAAGUAAAAAGCGUCUUAAGUUAGCACUUCACUUCGGUCUAUUCAAUUGAGUAUGGGGAAUAUCGAAUAUUGACGUAAUAGCGAGGAAUUUAAGGCUUUUCUUUUCUUUUCCUUUCGUCGUUUCUUUUGGCGCUCAGUCAAUAUAUCAACAGUCUGCUUAUUUAGUUCUCUACUUCUGGCUCGUAUUUGAUAUUGACAUCGACACCGAGGAAUCGACCAGUCAACCGUACCAACAGUAACAGGUCAGUAGGAGACAAUGAAUAAUAGCCAGUAAAUGAGUGAGUGAGCUGAAGGCUGCCUGAGAUGCAGUCAGUCAUGGCCGCCAGCAGGCCUCUAGGCAGCAGAGUAACUCGAAGUACCGACGCCUCACUCUGGCAGCCUCACUGCAGGCGGUGACUUUCCUCUGCCUGUCUGCCUGCUGCUCACGUAUCUCUGUAUCUGUCUAUGUAUCUGUCUAUGUAUCUGUCUAUGUAGCUGUCUGUGUAGCUGUCCAUGUAUCUGCAUGUCUAUCAGAUCUAUCUCGGAGUCUGAACAUCGAUCUAUAACCUGUAAAUCUACUGUUCCUCGACUCUACUUCUCUUUAUCCUUUCCAUUAUAUCCUCAUCCUUUAUCUCUAUUUUUUAUCUUCAUCUCCAUAUCUUUAUCUUCAUCUUUAUAUCUUUGUGCCUUCGUCGUCGUCAAAAACUGUGCAGACCACAUGACCUUUUCCCGAUCAGGCAAAAGUAAACAUCAACUCCUCGACCUCAACUUCAACUUCGACUUUUCGCUUCUUCUCGUCUUCGUCUUCGUCUUCGUCUCUUCUUCCUCUUUAUCUUCUUCUUCUCUCCGUCAAAUCCUCUUUGCUGCUGCGCCGUUCUUCUUGUCCAGCGUCUCCGCCGGCUUCACCCUGGCUGGGUACCCAUCAGGUCUUCUCCGCCGUUGGGUUGGGCGAACCUAACUACGUCUGCCCUACCAGCAUCCCCCGCCAACAGCAGCGCAAACCAGCAGCCCAGCAGGCCGCCAGCCCAUCUAGAUCGAUCUCACGGUCAGUCGCUGAGUUAUGUCCGUCACUCACUCUGCCAUCACUCACAUAAUGCAUGUCCUCGUCCCCUGAGCCUCUGCUUAGCCGCCUUUGUUUGCGUGGUGCUGCUCCUCCUCGUCUUGAGGGGGCUUGUCCCGAGUAUCGACAGCCUGCCUGCAGCGUCAUGAUACAGAUUGGGCAGCAAAGAACACCAGACCAUAGAGAGCGAGCAGGACGAGCAGAAAAGAAGAAAAAAACAAGCAGACAAGCAGGCCAAACUCCCCACCUGUGCAUCUCUCACCCUGGCCUGGCCCGCCUUGCCCUUUCGCCCUCUUUUUCUUUUUUCCUUUCGGUUUUAUUUAAA